AUGCGCCUCUUCUCAUCUUUAUGUCUUCUGUUACUGGCAUGCUUGGGGCUGGUGUCGUGCAGAAGCGCAGUUGGGAAUAGAGUGCUCGUCAUCUUGGAGGAUGAAUCGCAGAAGAGCCUGUACUCCAAGUUCUGGGCUGACUUGAAAGCCCGGGAGUUUGAAGUGUCCUUCGAAUCGCCUCGAAACGAGCUGUUGUCGCUGUUCAGGCAUGGCCAGUUGGCCUACGAACAUUUACUGCUGACACCGCCGAAAUCCAAGGGUUACGGACCAUCAUUGACGCCCAAGAUCCUCCUUGACUAUGUCAACGCAGGCGGAAAUGUCCUGCUCGGCCUCUCCUCCGAGUCGGGCACUCCCGCUGCCAUAUCCUCCCUUCUCCUCGAGUUUGACAUCUCAUUAUCUCCCGACAAACAUUCCGUUGUCGUCGACCAUUUCAACCAUGACGCCAUCUCUGCGGCCGACAAGCACGAUGUUCUGCUGGUCGAGCGUCCGCCACAGUUGCGGCCAGACGUGGUCAACUUCUUUGGUGGUGAUGGCAUCUUGGCCAUACCGAAAGCUGUGGGACAGACACUUGGGCCGGCUAGUCCUUUGAUCGCCCCAAUUCUCAAGGCGCCCAAAACGGCAUACGCGUACAACCCCAAGGAGGAUGCGGAGAGCGUCGAGGAUCCAUUCGCGACCGGAUCGCAGCUGGACCUCAUAUCGGCAUUGCAGGCUCGCAAUUCCGCCCGAUUUACUGUCCUCGGGUCACUGGAAAUGUUGCAGGACAAAUGGUUCGACGCCUCUGUCAAAUUGCCGGGCGGGAAGACCAGCAAGACGGUCAAUCAGGAAUUCGCAAAACAGUUGACGGAAUGGACGUUCCAAGAGGUUGGUGUGCUUAAGGUCUUUUCGGUGCAGCACUACGAAAUCACUACGUCGAGCAAACCUGCCGAGAACACAACUCAGAUUGGGGAGUAUAACCCUGCUAUGUAUCGGAUCAAAAACGAUGUGAACUUCUCCCUCGAGAUAGGCCAGUACGAUCGGACGCAUUACGUGCCAUUUGUUGUUCCCGACACAGACGCCCUACAGCUCGAAUUCACCAUGCUCUCUCCCUUCCACCGCCUGCCGCUCAUCCCAUCCUCCACCACCAGCAACAGCACCAUCUACAGCGCGACCUUCACCACGCCAGACCAGCACGGCAUCUUCGCAUUCAAAGUCAACUACAAACGACCCUUCUUAACCCCCAUCGAGGAGAGACAUGAAGUCACUGUCCGGCAUUUUGCGCAUGACGAGUGGCCCCGCUCGUGGGCAAUCACCGGCGCCUGGCCCUGGCUGGCUGGAUUGUGGAGUGUCAUUGCUGGAUUUUUGUUCUUUGUCAUCUUGUGGCUGUACUGUGAGCCGCCGAAGGAGGAGGCUGCGCGCCGGCGAAAGCUGAGUGUAAGUGUGUCCAAAUAA